AUGGCUUUCAUGGAGACUGUAUUAUCUCUAAUCUUUCUCCUCUCGAGUUCAUUGCUACUAUAUUCCAUUGUUGCUCAUGAAGGUCCCGAGUCCAUCACUCUAAGCCUCAUUCACCCAUUCUCCGUCCAUUCACCAUUUUAUCCAGGGAAAAACAGAACAGAUGUGGAGAAGACUAAUCUACUUAUUCAGGCCACAGAAGCCCGUAUGCAACAUCUAUUCCCAACUACAACAAUGAGACAAGACGGAAGCUGGAAUGGAAGCAGUGAAGUUGAUGACAUAGCGACACUAGUGAAAUUAACCGGUGUAUAUUAUCUAGCCCAGGUGGGUAUAGGUUCAUUUCCACCAAAUCUUGGCCGAAAGUGGAAGAGUUAUUUCUUAAUCAUGGACACUGGAAGUCACAUUACUUGGGUACAAUGCGAAGGUUGUGAUCCUUGCUUACCCCUGUCGCAACCCAAUUUUCCAUACCGACAAUCUCAAAGUUAUAGGCCUAUUCCUUGUGGUCACCGAGACUGUCCAACUACAAGGGAGGAUUGCUUCGGAACGUUUUGUGGAUUCAAAAUAAGUUACGGGGUUAGAUCAGGUGGGCCCUCAACGAAGGGAACUAUUGUAAGAGAGACCUUGACCUUCCUUUCUGAUACAACUAGAGUACGUGUUGAAUCUUAUCCCAAUUUCUUCUUGGGUUGUGGCUUACAAAGCUACAAUCAUAUGCUUCCACCACAGAAUCAAGCUGCUGGGCUUUUGGGCUUAGGGUUUGGAGGCUAUGGAACUUCUCCCAUAUGGAGGCAGAUAAACAAAAAACGGUUCUCUUAUUGCCUAUUUAAUUCUGAACAAGCCAGUUCAAAGUUAUAUAUUGGAGAACGUGCAAGGAUGGUAGGACCACAAGUUGUGUCUACGCCAUUGAUAAGAGGAUCUAACCCAUCGCUCUACUACCUGGACUUGCAAGAUAUCAGCAUUGCAGGUUCUCCCCUUGGACUUGGGAGAUCCCUCUCUGCUGGUUGCACAAUAGAUACAGGUGCUGCCACUACUUCAUUUGAUUCUAAUGUUUAUGCCCGUGUGAGAGCUGGUUUUGUUCAAUACUUCGCACAGUUUCAUAUUCAACCAUACAAUAGUAGAACCAGACCAAGAUAUGUGCCCGAUUAUGAUCUCUGUUUCCCAAGUCCAUCUGGUUUUAAUAGGUUUCCAACCAUGACGUUUCAUUUCAGAGGAGCUAACCUUGUUGUGCAGCCCAUAAAUGUAUUUACAAAAGGGGCACAUUUUGUUUGUGUUGCACUUAUACCAGGUGCUGCCACUACAAUAAUUGGAGCUUUUCAGCAAGCGCAACACAGAUUCUCCUAUGAUUUGGAGUUGGGAGAUACUGGAACUCUCUUCUUUGCUCCUGAGGAUUGUGGAGGCAGUGCUUAA